AUGGCGGCUGACACUUCUGUGGAGAUGUUUUCAAAAGUCAUGGAGAAUCAAUUGUUGCAGACUGCCAAGAUGAUGGAAGAACAGCUGGAUGCUGAGUUGGAAAAGCUAGAUAAGAUCGAUGAAGAUGAAUUGGAGCGCCUAAAAGAAAAGCGACUAGAAGCUUUAAAGAAGGCACAGCAGCAAAAACAGGAGUGGAUCUCCAAAGGGCAUGGUGAAUACAGAGAAAUUCCUAGCGAGAGAGAUUUCUUCCAAGAAGUGAAAGAAAGUAAAAAUGUUGUCUGUCAUUUUUACAAGGACUCUACGUUCAGAUGUAAAAUACUGGACAAGCAUCUUUCAUUGCUGGCUAAGAAACACAUAGAAACUAAGUUCCUGAAGCUGAAUGUGGAGAAAGCUCCUUUCCUGUGUGAGAGAUUGCGUAUAAAAGUCAUCCCAACUCUUGCCCUGGUGAAAGAUGGCAAGACCAAAGAUUACGUGGUUGGUUUUACUGAUUUAGGGAAUACAGAUGAAUUCACCACAGAGACCUUAGAGUGGAGACUUGGCUGUGCUGAUAUUAUUAACUACAGUGGAAAUCUAAUGGAACCCCCUUCUCAAUGUCAGAAGAAAUGUGGCACUCAUUUCACAAAACUGGAAAAGAAAACUAUACGAGGAAAGAAGUAUGAUUCUGACUCCGAAGAUGAUGACUAG